GCAAAACCAAACAGUGCCACCGAUGCGCGAAUCCCCACGCAAAAUGUAAACCAAUAUGACUGCCACGGUUUCCUAUGUAUUCCGUGCGUCUUCCUCACUAACCUGACACCAGUGGUGAAACCUACAGCGAGCAAUGCAUCCAUAGGGGGGGGGUUUGCAAAGGAGGCGGACCUAACGCGACCCCCACAGUUGAGCUUCAGAAGCUUUUACAAUGCCGACCAUUUCUCUGAAGCGCAUUCAGUAGCUCGCUGGGUCACAGAGGGACGGUCCGAAUGUGCGUAAAAACCCACGUUUGCAGAUACCAUAUCACGUUUCUCGAGAGGAGAGAGAAAAGACGCACGGAGAAGGAGACUCUCGCCAUAGAAUUUAUUCCUACCCAUCAGAGGAAUUAACUUGAAAGCUUCGUGAGGAGAACCCUUGGUAAGACUGAGCAAAUCUUAUAUAACAGAAAUAAACGAACGUGUUUGGUUCGCAAAGAGAAAGCACGAGAUUCUCUUCGCACGUUUGGGCUGGUGGAGUCUUAAACCUUUAGUUUAUUGUGAGUUUUUCCUGCCUCGUUGAAAUGUGAGGAAGAGUGAAACAGUUACUAUGAAUAUAUGUAUUGUAGAAGGACAUAUUGCUUUGUUUCCUAUCAUUGGGGGGGUUGGUGAAAUCAGGAAGAAUAGCGUGUUGUGAGCGCGAAGUCUGGAUGUCAUGACCAUGUGCCUCAAGGAGUGGAGUGACAGAUUGGUGUCCAUCCUUUGUCCGUCAGAUCCAGGAUGUAUGAAUCUUACUGGGACAGGAUCAGAUUCAAAGUUGAAGACUUCUUGCAACAAGUAUAAGCCUCAGCUCUACUUAACCAAGUGUGUGACAGCUUUGACUUGUGUGUGGUCAAAGUAUUCCGCAGCUGUCUCCCAGUCACAGUGAUCUUUACGCACGUAGUUGUUGCUAAAUUAAAGGAAUCAGUAGUUUAUGACUCAAAAGUCUUGCUAUUUUUAACAUCCCGAGUAAGUGAGUAAAUUUCCUGCAGUUUACACCUUUUACAUGUUGGUGGUGUCCAAACCACAUGGCAUCGAGUAAAGGCGAGGACAGUUUCCUUUUCCAUCCACCAACUAAACCAUUACCGACUGAGACAGAGGCUGUUGGAAAUAAUUAGUACAUAGAGCACAGCAUUGGUGGGCCAUAUUCAGACUGCGUCAAGUGAUGAGUAAUGUAAACAGUGGUUUUAAGAGUCGGUAGCAGCCCUUUAGAAUGCACUUUCCUUUGUUAUUUUGGACUAAAUUUACCCAUGUGGAGGAAGAGCGCCCUGUGUGGGAAGUUAAUGCGGCACGUUAUCACUCUGCUGGCUGAGCCGACCACAUGUGAUGUUACGUUUUUAUCAGGGAGCGGACAAAUACAAGCUUUGGGUGAUAUAAUUGUGAAGGCUCCCUCUCCCCUUUCCCCACAUAAGACUACGGAGUUGGUCCAUCUGUGCGUGUGUGCAUGCAGUUUUCUUUGAGCUGUGUUUAUAUAAUCAAUACGUGUGAGUGAUUUGAAUGCCCUGCUGGGUCUUCUCUCUCAGCCUACCGAGUACCAUCUGCUUUUUAUGGGAACAAUGUGACACUAAAGCCUAAAACAUUCAGUAAAUAAUGCAUAAACAAAAGAAGAUACUUCAAAUAUUCAGAAAAGUGUUAAACUGUGAGGACUUUUUCUCUUAGAGUUCUUAUUAUCUUAUCUGACAGAAAACUGUAAAGCUGUGGGUUGUGUCUACUGUAUUUGAAGGACUUGUUAUGGCUAUAUUCUUGAUUAUACAGUAGGAUAGCAUAGUAAUGUCAAGCUGCCAUAAUACGAGCCCAUUAGGGUAAUUCUUGAAGAUAAGGUUUAGUGUUUGCCCAAAAUGGCAAACAAGAUGACACAUCAACCUCGCUUUACAGUCACAGCUGUUCAAUUUUUAGAUGGUUUGAUACUAUGAUAUUUGUGAAAAUUAUGUGUCUAUCAGCUGUCAGUCAAAUUUAGUCGAGGUUUACAUCAGCAUCUGUUUGCUGACCUACUGUUAGGGGUGUCCCGAUACAACUUUUUUACUUUUGAUACGAUACCGAUAUUGUAGCCUUCAAAAUCGUCCAAUACCGAUAUUGAUCCGAUAUUGGUACAAACUUGUGCAUGACAAGUUUUGCACUCAGCUGCAAUGUCUUUUUCGGACUUUAACGAAGAAUACUGCCACACAACCGACAUCACUCCUACUUGCUACUUUGUUUGUACUUUUGCACACAUCGCUGCUUGUAUCGGAGUGCUAAUAUUGGAGAUUUUAGAUGCAGGCUGAUAUAAUCCGAUAUUGUUUUUUUUUGGCUGAUAUUGGACCGAUAUCUAAUAUCAAUAUUGUAUCAGGACAGCCCUACCCACGGUCAACGAUUUACUGCCAUCAACCUUGCUAGAUGGCACCAGCAUCACUAUUUAUUUGUGUUACCAACAAUAGUGUGAUUGCUGAUAUCGGAGGUUUUAGAUGCAGGCUGAUAUAAUUCGAUAUAUAUAUAUAUAUAUAUAUAUAUAUAUAUAUUUUUUUUUUUUUUUGGCUGAUAUCGGACCGAUAUCCGAUAUCAAUAUUGUAUCGGGACAGCCCUACCUACUGUCAACGAUUUAACGCCAACAACCUUGCUAGAUGACACCAGCAUUACUAUUAUUUGUGUUACCAACAAUAGUUAAGUUGUUGGUUGUCUCUGGAUCGACUCACUCGAUCUGAAUGUGUAACCAGCACAGACAUGUGUUAACCAGCGAGGAGGGACGAUGACUGGUGGUGCUAGCUCUACUAGCAUUUACCAUAUUUGGUAAAUAAAUUUGACAUUGUUUCCCCACCUUUACCGUAAUCCUGUGUUAAACCUUGCUGUAGAACUUGUGCUCAACUUUGAGUGUUUUCUUACUGAUAGUUUAUUUAGUAGGAAAAAACUAAAGGUAGCAAGGUUAUAGUUGGCUAACUGGAGUUUAAGACUUGGAGAUUUGUAGCCUCUGGACUUCCCGUAUCCCUACGCUGCAGGUUCUCUAUUUGAUGAAAGAUGAACGCACUGGUAAAUAAAAAUCCCUCCAUCAGUUAAUUGCAUAAAAUCCUUUUAUAAGAUGUAUUAUCAGAACUAGCCCUUUAAAAUCCAUGUUAGGCUUUUACUCUGCUUUAUGCCACAGCUGGUUCAUGUUCCCAUGGUUCUGAUAAAGAACAGGGAAAGAACUUGAAGUUUAGACCUUUUUUUCAAGAGUGCGAGAGUUAAAGAGAACAGUGUUUUUCUCUUUUGUCUGAGAAACCAGUGAGUGUGCACGGUGAGUGUUCCUGUAAAGUGGUGUCAAUUGGUGCAAACACGCACCAUUGUUGCCCAACCCUGUAAGUAACUCUAAAUUGGACAAAUUCAGAGACACAAACAGACUGUUCAGGGAGCGUCACUUUGUGUGUUUAGGGUAGUGUGGGUUAUGGGUUAUGUUUCUGACUUUGUCCCCUCUCUAAACACUAACACCCUACAUGGGGAUUUCAUGAUGGGUUCAUUGCAGUGAAGAAGGGGUAGAUAAGCUCAGCUGCGGUCAGUGAACCCAGCGUGUGCAGAGAUCAAACUGGCUGAGAGUUUGGGGAGGAGCUGGACAGGUGCUAGGUGUGCGUAUGUGUGCCUGUGUGAAGGUCUGUGUUUUCUUCAUGUGGGAAGCAGCCAGCUGUGCUCUUCUAUCACCCUGAGGAGACCCGUGAAUAUCUGUGUUUGAGUCCGCCUAAGUGUUAAGUGUCCAACACGCCAUGGUUUAUAAUUAUCUUUGUCAUGGAGCUCAUAAUCUGUGUCUGGACUUAACCGAAUCAUGUGUUGUUGUCUAUUUAUAUUUAAGUCAAUGGAAAGUCCUUCUUUCAUAACCUUUGUUUAUAUUAUUUAUAUACAAGUGAAAGAAAUAUGUAUUUAAAAGAGACUGUGAUUGUCCUCACUCAGUGUUUUUUGGCAAACCUUCAAGUAUCUCUAAGCUGAUUGAUCUUAAAUAUUAUGCCUUUAUAAAAACUAAUGUCGUCUUUUUAUUGUAAAGUCCAUUUCCAGAGUGUCUUUUAUGCUUUUACGGUUUAUCUUAUGGCGCCUACCAUCCGGGGAGUUUAUUCCCAGUGGAGCAAUCUGUGUCGAAGUGUGCUUUUAAAUGAAUUUAUGCUGCUUUUGAAGUUCCAUAGAGAGCUAUAUGUUCUUAUAUGGGAAAACUCAUGGGAAAUAAAUUAUUACACACACGCAUAGAAAAUGGAAAAAGAAAAAACACUCUGGCAUAAGCGGGUUCCUCAUGAUCUUAAACUAGUUUAAAUUAGUUAAUAUGUAAAGAUCAGUUCAGUCUCAGAUAAAGCUAAUUUGGCCGUUUACAGGCAACAGAAACAAUAUAUAAACGCAACAUUAUUAUUGCUUACCUUUUAUCGCCAUAUGACAGUUAUAUUUUCCUUUUUACCUGAAACAUAUUUAUGAAAUAUGUUUCCACCAAAGACGGUGUAAAAAGAUGGAUGGUGCAACAGCUCCGUAGCGGCGAAGCCAAACCAUUUCAAAUAUAGUUCCUAUAUUAGUUCCUAUAUAUAUAUAGACCUCAGAGCCAGCCUCCUUUAUGAUUAGAUGCAGGGCAUGGUUGAGAGAAAAAAUACCAGUAUGCCUGGGCCGCAAUAUUUCUUUUUUGUAGGAUGGUAGGGGAAAGUCCCGCCUCCUUGGCCUCUGAUUGGCUAGAAAAGCUGGAAACGUCAUCACAUGCUCAAGCCAAACGCGGGCUGUCGGCUCUGUACAUCAAACAGAACGUUACAGAACAUUAUCGCACUUCUGAAUCUCCUAACCCUAACCCUCACCCUAACCUGACAGACGAUGAUGUUUCACAGCCAUUAGGACUCACCAAUCAGAGCCCAACACUUCUAGCCAAUCAGAGGCGAAGGAGGCGGGACCUUCCCCUACCAUCCUACAAAAAACAAAAGUUUUGAAAGUGAAAUAGAGGCACUUCAUCCAUAUUGAUUCAUAAACAGAAAAGAAAACAUCAGGCCGUGUUUCCUGCUAUUCUUGUCUCUCAGCUAGUCACCACUUUAACUUCCUUAUUGUUGGUGGCAGCAUAAUUAAUAUGAGUUUCUUCACUAAAAUUAGCUGUUGGCUGAAACUGAAAGAAAUGGUAGCCUGCAGCAGCUGUGAUACUGAAACAAACAAGAUUAGGCUGGAUACCAAAAUGAAAGCAGAAUGACAUACCAAGCAUCACUCGGCUGAAACGCUCUGCAGGGUCAGGUAGGAAAUCCUUAUUGAUUCACUGAUGCACGCUUUCCAUCGUGAUCUAUGGUGACACUGUGUAACAAUAGAACACAACUGCUAGCAACAUUGCUCACAGCUACACAAAUACUGUAAUAACUCACUAUUUGGCAUUUUAAUCCCAGCAAUCUGUCACUGACAUGGAUGUCAAUGUCAAAAGUCUUUCAGAACAGAAAUCUGAACACAUGUGAAUGUAGCCUAUAUUCUGUAACACUUAACAAUAACCAUAACUUAAAAAUGGUAAAUAGACCAUUUAUAAAUGGAAAGCAGAUAAUUUAUUAAUGUUUGAUCAUCAUUUUUAAAUAGCAUAUAGACCAUUAAUAAAAUGUUAAUGACAACUUUAAAAACCUAACCCUAACUUUACAAUAACCAUCUAAGUAAUGUUUAUAGGUGGUUUAUAAACCACUAUUUAAACCCUAUAUAAACCUUUAAUAAAUAGUUUGUUAAUAAUCAAUGAAAAUUAUUAAUCAUAAUUUCAUUGCUUGUUAAUGGUAAAGUAACUAUUAACUUAUGUAAAUAAACUAUCUAUUUGCCAUUUAUAAUUGGUUUAUAUGCUGUUUUUAAAAAAUGAUUAAACAUUAAUAAACAAUCUAUUUACGAUUUAUAUAAUAUGGUUAUUGUGAAGUGUUACCCAAUAAUCUUAUGCAGGAAUGGUUUACAGUGAACGUCUUAACAGCAGAUGGUAACACACCUUACCACCAUUAAUAUCUCUCAGAUGUGGUGUUUUUAUUUGUAUACAUUUGUGUUGAUAAGAUGCUCAUCGUCAACAAAUAGAAAUACACAUGCUGACAAAAUAAAAAAAAAAUCUGUCAUUUAACUGAUUUGGGUUUAAAUUAACAUUAUAUGAAAUGAUUUACAAAAUGAACACAACUUACAACAUCUGUUGUCUUUUCCUGCCGCUGUAGCAUCAUUGAUUCCGUCAAUGCAGGAAGUCAGACCUUUAAUUUGCUCCAGUGUCUGAGCUGCCUGAAUCCCCUGCCUAGAGUGUAAUUGCCCUGAAGUCUAUACCUCCUGCUGCCAGCUGUUGGUUGCCGGCUGUUUUCCUAGAAAAGCGCCCUGCACCCUGUCAGCGUGUACUCACAACUAAUGAGAGCUAACUGAUUCCUUAUGUAACUUAAAAUGGGUGUAUUACAAGCAUGCAGGUUGGGACUCAGGUUCUUCUUUUGCCCUUCACCUGCAGAUUUUUAUUACAACCCAGUAUAAUAUCUGUAAUAGUCAUAAUAUGGAGAUACACAUGACAGGCACUUUAAGUACUCCAUAUGUGCUACUUGAUUUCUUCCAUGUGCUUUUUUAUACAGCACAUAUUGUAGGUAUUUAAUAAGAAAGGUUUCCUAUUCAUAUUAUGGCUGUUAUAUCCAUUAGCUGUAACAUUUCACAGAUUUUUUCAUUGUGGAAAUGUAGACCUCAUUGUGUAAUCACAUAGGCAGGUGUUAGAGGCUACUAUAGCUUACAAAAAGUGCUGGACCUCCUAUGGCUGAGGCCACCUCUGCAGCACGCAUGAAGAAGCUCACGCUCAGGCUAAAUUUGAUUCUGAGUCAUUGUUUUCCAAAAUGUGCAAUUUUAGUGAAACAUUGCUCAAUCCCUGAUCUGAUUGUAGGGUGAAAUUAAUGAUGUAUUUUCUCUUGUUAUUGUCGGUGUUAUUCUGUUUCUGCAGAGUUUGUGUCACUUCACUCGAUGCCACAUGAUGCUGGACUGGAGAGUGUCUAUUUAACAUUCCCUAAUAACAACUGAAAUUAGGAGGAUAAUAAUAAUUUUCUACUAAAUCCUGUAAGUCCGCUUCUAUCCUAAAUAUGUUAAACAGCAUAUUUAAUGAAAUCUUGGCUCUCUGUUUGCACUCAACAGUGCUGCCUCCUUUCAUGAUGCCUUUAACGAUUCAGUCUGUGAGUCAGGCGGAGUUGGAAGAAUAAGGGGCAGAGGAGAAGUACGGCUUCAUUACGAGUUACAUUAAGCUGGCUGACAUAUUUUAUUAAAGGCUCUGCUUGCUUUCUUUGUAUUAGAAAUCACCUGUUUAUUUUGUUCCCUCCUCACUAUCCUAUAUUCUUAUUUAACCAACGUUGCACCAAGUACUUCUGAAUUACCCAGAAAGUGAAUAUUUUAGUGCAGAAUAUACCAAAACGGCUCAGCUAUAGCCACUGUUUUUUAAAGAAGAUACUAAGCACAGUUAUUCACAUUAUAGAGUCAGCGUACAGCCCUGACUGUAUUAAAAUGAGAUUAUUAUAAACGUGAAAGUUGGUGUUUUUUCUCCUGGUCUGUGACAUAGUUUGAGUGUUGUGGUUUCUACCGUACGUAACACUAGUUGGAUAUACAGAAAGGAGAAGAUAUAGAAAGCUUAUGUCCUUGUUAGUACGUUGUUAGUACUCAUUUGGAUAAAUAUAUAUAUUUUUUCGUGUUGUGUAUUAUUUAGAAGAGCCUCAUUUAGGGAUUCACCGAGCUUAUCACAUAAGGAGGAUCUCCUUCUACAUAUUUGUGCCCUCAGACAGUAGAAGCUGACGUUCUCUUGGUUAGACUGUUUGAAAUGUUGAAGAUGUACACAAGGCUGUCAAAUUAAAUUGCUGCAUAUUUUUGUUUUUCUGUCAAUAUUUAAGAUCUAGCCAGAAAAACAAACUGUCAGUCCACUGGGGUUCCUUUUUAAUACUUCUUUUUUAUGUUAAAGUUUUAAAUCCUUCUGUUUGACGCAGUACGUUUACAACUGAUCAGAAGUUUUUAUGCUUCAGUCUUUGUUGUUAGGGAGUGUUAAUCUAUACUUCUAUUGAAAUGUAUUUUUUUGUUUUUAUUAUGAACUGCUUGAAAGGAUGUAUUUACCCUAAUUCAUGUCUUACUCAGACAGAGAACAUGGAUAAAUAUAGUUUAAUAAUUAAAAAAAUCAUAACAGCCUGGACAUUUACCAGCAAAUUAUAAAAAUACACUGUGCCCAAUCAUUAAUUGUCAUUAUAUCAGCUGUUAGAAGUUGUUCAGAUCAUUUCAAAUGAGUUCACCAGGAAUUUACCAAAAACAAAAGCCGUUCCUCUGGCUCUCUGUGCCGCAGCGUGGAAUAAUGAUUCAGGUGUUGGCCGGUAUAGUCGGACACAAGCAUGUGUUCCUCUGUCCCCAGCAGGCACGUGGCUGAGAUGAGCUGGUGCUGCCAGGCGCUGUUGGCUGAACCUCGUGCUUGUUCCUGAUACGCCACCACAUGGGCAUCUCCUCAUCUACAUGUGCUCGCCCACUGCCCCCCGCUUUGGUCGUGACCGCUCUUAUUCUAUGUCCAGCGGGUACAAAGACAGAUAGACAGUAUUCAUCGCCACCGAUGCUGUUGUUUUUAAAACAGCAGAAAGUUUUAUUGGUACCAUUUUUUUGGAUAUACACUGAGCGGACUAAAAAAAAAUCUUAUCUCUAUUUACUUUUCCACGAGGUCAAACAUUUUCAAGUGUCAUCUAAGUCCAGUAACUUAAAAUCAGACAUUUCUCUUGUAUGCUUUUUCAGAGCCCAUUUAUGACAUGACAGAACUCGCUUUGGGCAGCGCUACAGCAAAAGGGCCAAAGGUCAUCCUCUUGGCGCUCUGGAUAUGAUCAGAUUACAUUUUCUUGGACUGGCAGAGAUCAGUAUGCAGCAUCAAUAAAAAUAGAAAGGAGUGAUGCAGAUGUUAUUAAAAUUAAAGAAACUCUGUCAUGAUCUGGCAGCUUUAACCCGAUUAUCCACAGCCUUUCUAGUUUUUAGCCAUUCUCACAAACGUUGAACUAGUCCUUUAAAUCAGUCUGAUCUACUUUUAAACAUUGUACUUGCCUCACAUGUGUAACUAGAAAAGCACUCGGAGAGCGCAGACCUCCACCAAGCAGCUCAUGUCCCCCCUUAUAUUGUGAUUCACGCCAAAACUUUUACUGUUACGUGUCUUUUAUUAACUUUUAUUUGUGUUUAAACUGGUAUGUUCACUGUUCAUAAUGUUCCUAAAACAAGAAAUGCCGUGAGAUGGAUUCAAACCCAGGACCUUCGUAGUGUGAGGCGACAGUGCUAACCACUACACCACUGUGCUGCCCAUUGGUUAUCUUUCAGCAUUGAAAAUUCCAACAACACCCUUAUUUUUGUGUGUUCUGGAUCACAGUAUCCGGAAUUUUGUCUGGAUCAGGAUCAACCUUUGACACCUCAUAAAACUCAUUGAGAUCCUUUUGUGUAAUGUUUUACGAAAGACUCUGGCCAUUUUUAUAGAGUUAAAUGCAAAAAUUCCAAAAUUUGCCCUCUCACAAUGAUAAAGAAUCCUUCAAAAAAUUCCUGGAUCCAGAAGGCGAUCCGGAUCACCACCAAAAUUUAAUGGGAUCCUCCUGGGGCUGAGACGCACCUCUGGUGAAAAUUUCAGGUCAAUCCGUUAGUAACUUUCUCCGUAAAGUUGCUAACAGACAAACAAACAAACAAACAAACCAACAAACAAACCAACGCUACCGAAAACAUAACCUCCUUGGCGGAGGUAAAAAAAAUGGCAUAGACUUUAGAGCAUUGUGAUAUAAAUAUGUGAUAGUUUUUUUUUUUUUUUUAAAUAUGACACCAAACAGCUCAAGAUCUGUAGACAUUACUUCUUUAUCAAACCAAACAUUGUUUACUAGCAGCAUACAGCACAUCUACAGUCUCUUUAACAAGCAGUCUUCUUUUCCGUCUUAAGGAACGUGUUUACAGUCUCAUCCAUUAGUAUAACUAAUCUCUUCGGCCUGCUAUUUUCCCAACACUAGAUAAAAUUACACAGCAGAAAUAGUACCAGCAAUGUGUCUCUUUCAAGACUCUCAUGAUGGCUGCUCUGAGUUUACUAAUGGAUUUUACACCAUGAUACUGUAACAGAGCUGGAAGAGAGUAACUAACGCUUUAUUUACUUCUGUUUGGAUGUGGUUAGUUAGUUAUAGUUUCAGUGAAAACUCUUUGGAAAAAACCUUCAUUAGUAUCAAUCAUAAGGAACUAAAAGUUUCCAUUUGAAGCUCCUGUGAGGAAUUUUUUUAGCUUGAUAUUAAAUGACCCGAACUAAACACUGGUGCCUCUACGGUCUAUUAUAGUAAACAAGACAAACAGGGAAAAGACUGGUUAUUCCAGUACAUUUGUUUUAUAUGGCUGUUGGACAAGCUGGUUAAUGGCACACUGGGAAAACAGCCACUUUGAGAAGUUUUUCACUCCAAAGAUUUAAUGAGAGUUUCAGAUUAGACAUGAAAUAGACGGAAAGAGACAAGAUUGUUUGUGAGAACAUGCAGUUUUCACAUCCACACAACUACAGUAGAUCAGCUUUGUCCACAAGGGGAACUGAAAUGGACACAAAACAAAAGUUCCUCACAGGAGCGUUAAGAAAUUUCACUCUAAACCAAAUCAUAAAGAAACUAUCCAGUUACUUCAUGAAACAUAGUUUUAGGAAACAGAGUUGUAUCUUUAGCUGGAGUCAUCCUGAUAUUCUUCUUAUAUAUUUUAUCAAAUCUUGUGAAAUUACUGAAAUCAGAUGACCGAAGUGUAUAUAUUUCCUAAAGUAUAAUUUAGUAUUAUUCCUCGAAGGCCCUGAAGUAAAUUUUGCAACCUAGGAUUUUGUUUCCGAGCUGAAGGCUAAAAAUGACCCUAAUUUGCCUUGAAGGCUGCUUCUACCAACUGGAAAACAUCCCGAUUUAAAGAAUGUUCAAUUGUUCUUAUAGGUGCACAAAUAAAUUUUAGAAACGCUCAAAUAAAAGUUAAUGCUGACCUUUUUGAGUUCAGUUUGAUUGGCAACAAAAAAGUGUAAUAUCCACACUCUUGGUUUAAGUCGAAGGUCGUUUUUUUAAAGUCUGUUUCUAGGUUUAUGGUGGAUAUUUAUUUUGCUCGACUUUGCUUUUGCUUCUGUCCGGCAGCUAUAGCUCGAUGCCACUCUUGCAGUCAGAUACAGGUCACUGGUGUCACAAAACAAAAACUAUAAGACUCAAUAUCAGUAAAUAAAGUGCGAUGAAGACAGAAAAAAACUGGUCAAGCUCAGGGAAAAUUUAGAAAGACAUGAAACUGUUGCACAAGUUUUUUUUUUUUUUUUCUCAGUACCAAAAACAGUCAUCAUAUGGGUGGGGACUUGUAAACAUCAUGAGACUCCACGAUGAGCCUUUGCUGUAUUUACUGUAAAUGGAGAGGCUACAGGCUGCUGUUUUCUACUCAUUCAUGAACACCGCCUUCUCUCCGGUAGAGCGGUGUCCCGACAGACACAUUCGACAAAAUUCUGAUGUGUUGGAGAACUUCUUUAUGAGAAGCUCCAGACAUGCUUGCUAAUCACUUUCAAUCAAACAAUGCAAUAAGCUUGAGGUAUUUUGUAUUUCAUGUCAAUCUGGGAAUGAUCAUUACUCUAAGCCAAAUGUUGUAACGGAUAUUAUUGACACAAGGGGCUCAUGCGUUUGAGCUCAUUGAGACUAAUAUUAACUUAGUGCAAAUAAAAUGACUCACUAGAUUAUGUAAUAGACGGCUUAACCUUCUCUGAGUUUAUAAGACUGGGCUCUAGAUGGACUUCUCUGAAUUUUUCAUUAUGAUUUCAUUUAAAAUCAUUAAUUUUCUGCAUUAGAUGAUCAUGUUGGUCAUCUGUGAAGUGUGUUGUUUUAUCCCUCCAUGGGAUCAAUGGCCCCCAGUGUGAAUCGCAGUGGGUAUGAUCCUCUGGCUUGGGAACACAACUGAGUUGCUGUAUGUUUGUCACAUCGGAAGCGGCUAACAACAGAGCAUUGUCUGUCUGAGUGUUCGCUGUGAAAUAAGGAGGAGGAGGAUUCAUUUGUGUCACUAGGGUCACAGGAGGCGAUGGUAGGUUAUUAUUAGAUUCUAAUUAAAUCUUGUGAAAAUGAUUUUUACAGAAGAAUUCUUAUCUCAACUGUGAGUUAUACUCUUUUCUAACAAAGAAGCCUGCUCUCAUCCAGGAAACACAGUGCUGCUGACAAUUGUAAUUAUAGUACUACAGUAAUGACUGUUGUGAAAAGCGCUUUCUCUGUAAUUUCAGGCCUGUUGUUGUGAGUGAUUUAUCUUGCUGGUUUUUAUUUUUGUCACGAGACAAACUGUGUGAACCUGCAGGUUUGUAACAAUAACCAAAAAAAAUAUUCAAAUAGACCUUGACCUUUGACCCCGUUUGCUUUAGUCAGUAGUACUGCCCUUCUGGGAAACAGAAAUACUUACCAUGUCCCCCAGGACAUCAACCUCAUCAUUAACAGCUGCCUACCAGCCGAAUUUAAUCAAGAGUGAUGGAGGUCAGAUCCUUGGUGUUGACGUCACUUUGCCAUCAAUUUUUGUAAACAUUAAAGCAUUAGGUUUGAUGAAACAUGUUACUGGUUAUAUUAGGGAUACUGUAAAAGUGAACAGGUACAAAUAAGAAUCCCUUCAGGAUGAGCAGGAUUGGGCUGUUAACUAUAUGUUAUCCCUCCUAUGAUAUGGCUACAAACUGAAGACAUAAUCAAGUUGACAUAAAAUUCAGUUUUAUCACUAAUUUCAUUGCUUUGAAAAUGAUUUGUGCCGCCAUAGAAACAGAUCUAAUCAGCCUCCUUACAGGCGGAAACAGUAUUUUUACUGAAGGUACCAUGAGACGAGGUAAAGAGGACUUCUGCAGGAACGUUUUUAGCAUCUCUAUCACCGGUCAGCUCUCCUUUUCAGGGAUUGCAUGAUUUUCUGGACCAACAUAAGACAGAAACUGAAAUUUUUGCCACCGUGUCAACAGGCAGUGGUGAAAUAUGCCCAAGCCUUUUCUAUGGAUGAUCAGGUUGCCAUUGGUGUUGCUUGGUGAUACUUGAUGACCUUUUCACUGAGUUUUGACCAAUGAGAAUCAAGCAUUUAACACAGCUGGGUAAUAAAACAUAAAUAGACAGCUACAAUGCAAGCUCAACAGAGAGUUCAGUCUGAGAAGUAAAAAUAACUCCAACAUAAAGAGCUAAGGACAGCUCUAGAUCCUGACUGGUCCACCAAAACCUCUGCCGUCUGUUUUUCUAACCUAGUUUUACCAACUUCAAGCUAGUUACAUAAAGUGCCAACCAUAAUAAGGAGCAGACGAACAAAAAUGGGCUGUGGGGGGGCCUCGCAGAGUUUUGUACUUCAAACAAACCUGAGCACCUCUCUCUUUUUUUGCACAGAUAUUCAACAGUCAUCUUCACUGAAAACAUUCAAGCCAAAGAGAUUCUUUUUUAUCCUGCAAGAUGGAGCCUUCUCAGUCAGAGAUGAACAUCUUAUCCAACGGGAAAAGUCAUGACCUUGGAGAGGAUGUGCCGGUGAAGACAUUCCCAGAUGAUGAUCAGUGAGUAUUCCCCUUAACACAAAACUCAGAUAGAUGUCUUCUCUUUGACACUUAGACACCAUUAUCAGCAGUUUAACACAGUAUGUAUUUGUACUCAUGUGUUUUUGUCUUUCUAUAUAACCUGUUUGAAAACCACAUCCUUUGUGCUGCUUUAAUUAAACUGACUAAAAAGUAAAAGCGCUAGAGCACAGACUUUUAGACCUGUAGAUCCUGUGAUAAAGCUUUCUAAUUAAUAAUGGUAGGUUAAUGGUUGUGGUGUGUGACUAACUGUGAUGUUGUUUCUGCAUAGUCUGAUUUUUUUUUAAAUGCAUGUUUACCUUGUUUUUUGCUCACUCCAACCUGUGGAUCCUUACACAGAAAUGGCACUCAAACAGUCAGGUAUGUCUGUGGAUAUAUGCAUCCAGUAUUUUUCCAUUUUCACUCUGAAAUUAAUACAUAAAAGAGUGGGCGAUUUUCACUAAUCUUAUAGUCAAUGUUUGCAUAGUCAUUAAGAGUAUCAAGGGAGACAAUGAAUGACGUUUGUAAUCUGCCGACUAGAUUUGAUGAUCCUGAAGGAGGACUGGAGCAUGAGGAAUUUCUGCCCACUGCAGAUGGGAAGAAACCCAUUCGCUUCACAGAUGUAAGUGUUUAAGCCUUUGUCGACAUAAAAUCAUUUCACAGGAUAUUUUUAGCCUAGAAAGCCACUCUGGGUCCUUUCAUUUUAAAAGAUAUCAAGCAUCAAAUUGGGUUAAGCUAGCUUUCAGUAUUAUGACUUUAAGGUUGAUAGCAACAUUCUGACAAACAUUAAAAGCAGAUUUCAACAGCAACUCAUAUGGUACCAUUCAAACAAUACAGGAGAGUAUCAUCUGCAUAAAGCUUGAUAUUAGACGGGGCACCAAUGGGUCUCUUUCAUUGAAUUGCAUGCCUUCUGUACAGAGGCAAUGGUAACCCAUGAUGCAGACGUGCGGUCCUUUGCCAUAUGUCAUUCCCUGAUGUCUCUUCAAGUUUACAACUCUUUCCAAUGUCCUACCUUCUAAAACAAGGCAUAAAACAGAUGAAUAUUACGAGGGUGACCAUAUUCUGAAUCCCCAAAAAGAGAACAGGACUACAAAGGGGCGGAGUCACAGAGUCACACAAAGUUAAUUUUGAGAGUUUUUUGGGUCAGAUCAAGUGUCUUUUAAGCGCUUCCAUACAAAACCCUGGACAUUUGAAGGAUUUUAUAAACUUCCCCUGACAAGGCCGGACAAGCCUGGACAGCCCCCCAAAAAAGAGGACUUGUCUGGGUAAAAGAGGACAUAUGGUCACUGUAAUGUUACAUCCUGUGUCAGUUUAAGUCAGGCUGUAGAGGAGGCUACAGUCUUUGUUGCUCUACUUGUAGGACCUAUUCAUUGCCCCAACAGUGUUAAGCUUGUGUCAUUCUCCACUCUUUCCAGUCUCUCUCAAACAAGUUUACACACACUUAAAGAAAAAAACAAAGGUUGCAAUGGUUGCUGGUUCAACUCCCAGCCCCGACCCUUUCCUGGAUGUCAGCCUCCAUUCUGUACUACUGUACUGUUUUUUCUGAAGCUGUCCCUUUACUAAAAAGGCAAAAAUGCCAAAAAAACAAACAAACACAAUAAAGAAAGACUGAGGUAACAGCCUGUACUAACUGAAAAAACUAGACUCAAUGUUCAUUCUAAAUAAGAUAGGGCCCCAAUACUGACUCUUGUGGAACACCUAUUUUCAGUGGUAAAUCUCACAAUAUUCUAGAGUACAUGACUGAGAGCGAGGAUCCAAACUAUAUUGUAAGAUUUUGAUACAUAGAUACAUUGGCUGUUAAAUUAAUGCAUUGUAUGCUUUUGUUCUUGUCCCCGUAGUUUGAAGGAAAGACCUCUUUUGGCAUGUCUGUCUUCAACCUGGGAAAUGCAAUUAUGGGCAGUGGAAUCCUGGGACUGGCCUAUGCCAUGGCCAACACUGGCAUACUCCUGUUUUGGUGGGUCAAAAAAUACAUUAACUAGAUUGUUGCCUAUUAAAAACAAUGUGCUAGAAAGUAUCCACUUGUCUAUGUGAGUGAAGGACUAUGUUUCUGCGUUUGCAUUUCUUGUAAUUAUGCCAAAGAGUUUCUUAAGACCUGGACAGAGAGCUUUUCCGUACAGAACCUGAAAGAGAAAAAAACUGUGCAACCCUAUGAAGUUCAGAGACGAAGAGCCAGGAAGUUUCCGGUUACUUUUGAGAGUGAUUUAGUAUCUGUCAUCUCAUUUAGUAUCUGUCAUGACAUGUUGUCCCAUGGCAUGCCCUGCACUGUGGUUGCAGAUCCCUGAAAGGCCAUAGCCCAGAAUAACUGGACUCCCAGACCCUGUCCAAGCAUCUGGGUUGCUAAUUUAGUUCCCCCUGUUCCUGUCAGGAGUCUGCCACAGGAUCAUGACCCUAGUUGUUUUGGUCAUGCAGUCUCUGUUUGUGUUGCUGCUGUGAGCUAGUAGCAGAACUAGAAAAGUGAGAUGGCCAAAAGUCAGCCUUGACCAUGAAACAGGAAGUCAGUCAGUACAGAAGAUUUGAGGUAAAUUCACAAAAGACAGCAGUUCUACUGAAUGGCAAGAUCCCCAUGGUAUUUAGGUCAGUGGUGUUUUAACUAUAUAUACUUCGUGACUGCUUUAACAUAACUGGAUGGUAGCAAUAUAGCGAGAGAUGCAUGAAGCAUAUAGUAUAUCACUUACAUGUAUUUCCAAAACAACCCCAAGGAAACGAAUAGCUAUUACCACAGGAUGUACAGUCUGGAGUAUUAUUAUGGCAACCUGUUUAAAUCAUUAGACUCCCUGGGCUUAAAUAUCAAAGACCAUCAGGUUUAAAAUAAGGUUAGUUUAAGACUAUUUACAUAGUUACCGCGAGGCAUAUGACCCUCCAGUUAAAUGCCGGUACAUGGAAAUGUGCCAAUAUACAGCAAAUGUAUGAGACUCUAAUACUGAAUACACCUCAGGAUAGCUGAUGUUUUCUUUUACAUUUAACAUCAGCAUUCAAACAAUCCCCAUUUGUGAAAGUGUUACUGAAAGUUUGUAUCAAACGUUACUUUUUAUCCACUAACAUGUUUGACUCAGUCAGUACAUUUACAUGACGCUCAAGAAAAACUAAUUAAUGCCUUACUCUGAUUAAGACGGACAACUGAAGUGCAUGUAAACACCUUAGUCCGACUAUAAUCGGCGUUUGAAAACUCCAAGUAAGACACCCAGAUAAUCAGAUUGGAAUUCAAUUUUCUCUACCAUAUAACCAGCGUAGUUGGAGUUUGAUUGGACAAUGCUUGUGCGCCACGCCCCCAUAACCCCGAAACAAAAACAGCGGGGAAGAGGAGUAGCGUGCACCUCAUCUGCAGAAAAAGUAGCGCGUAUGACAAAAACAAGGCUGUACGAUGCUCCAUCUUCUUGCUCGAAAAUGCCCAGCAGCAGUUGUAGCCACUUCUGACGUCUGGCACGGACCUAGCACAGUGCCAAGAAGACCUAUAUCGUCCCCUAGUUUUGGGGAGGAGGACACCUUCACAUCAAUAAUUUGCUUUUCUCAGCACUUUUCUCAGCAAGUCCAAUUCGGCGGAAAAAAAACGAAUCAUGAGCUUAGUCCAAUUAAGCUGUGCAUAUAAACGCACUGACUGGUAGUGGAGGCUGCUAUACAAUCCUGCUCUUUAAAAACAUUCAACCAGCGCCAAUUAUAGAGGACUGGACUAUUAGCAUUAGUGAAGAGUUGCAGUAGUCAAUAGACAAUUAAAGAUAGGAUCAUGUGUGUCUGGAAAAUAACAAUAUAUACUUAUGAAGCAUCCUAAAACACUGGGUAGAAAUCUUGUCUCUUGAACUUUUUGACAUAUUAGGUUUUUAGUUUUUCUGUUUGGUCUUUCUUACUGCCGUGACAGCUCUUUGUAUCUCCAACUCUACUUCUCCCAUUGUAGCUGGUGUUAGGGAUUACUGCCUGUAAUGUCAGGAGAACCCGUCAUCCAGCAGCAGCGAUAGAAAUAGACAUUCUCGGUCCUCGUCAGCAUAUUUCAGAGAGAUACAGAAAUAGAGCAGGUAUGAAAAGCCUGGAGCCUUCCACCAAGCCUAUAGGAUCAGGAGAGGGGUAUUUCUGUGCAGACAAAUGACAUCAGAUACAAAGCAGCUCUAAAAAUAAAUAAAUAAGUAAAGACCUGUUUGUUGGUUUUGCAUUGAAUAGAGUCCUCAACUUGGCCUCCGUCCCUCCGCUUAUAGGCAUGAGUGGAAGAAAAGGUGUCCCUUAGUGUACAGAAAUGCUGAGAAAAGGUCUGAGAAAGAUGAUGGAUUCAGGAUCAAACUCUCUGACCUAUUAGGAAUGCUGACCUGGCUUGGUCUGGGAUCUUUGCCGGCGUAGGAUGACACAAAAAACAAAAAGGUUGUGGGAAAUCAACUUUUCAUCCAUGUGCGUGGGACUAUUGAUAGCUAUCAAAGGAAAACAUUUAUUAGAUUUCGCUAUGAAAGAUGAAUAUUUGUUGUAUUCCAUUGUGCAGCAUAAAUCACCAUUUUGAAUGAAUGAACAGGAAAAGUGAAGAGUCAGCUGCUUGAGUUACUCCUUGAGUUCCCAGGCCAGAAUAAAAAUGUUUUCCCCUCUUUUAUACAUCAGAUCAACCAGAAUAAAUGUGCAGAAAAGUUAUGUGGCAACAUCUGAGAAUAUGCACAAUACAUCAUGAGCUAAUGCAGCAAAAGUUGACUUUAAUGUUGGGGAAAUCCAAGGGGAAAUAAAAUCCUGUAAAAUAAGGCUGACAUGUAUUGAAAAAGGAUGUACAGGAAUAAGACCUUUCUCUCUGUAAUGUGUUGCAGGUUUCUUCUAACUGCUGUUGCAGCCCUGUCUUCUUACUCCAUUCAUCUGCUGCUCAAAUCCUCAGGCAUUGUGGGUAAGUACUGUGCUGUUUUUUUUUAAAGAGAUUAGCUAAAUGUAGUUAUAGCAUAAGAAAUGUCUAUGUAGGCUGGAAACUGCAACAGUUCUGCUGCAACGCUGAAGCGACAAAGGCUUCUGGUGAUGUUCGACGUUGAAGACAUUUUGGUGAAAUUAGAAGUCAUACCCCCCUCUUUACCGCAAUAAUACUGCUAUCUAAAACCUGAAAAUGAGUUAUAUUCUUGCUGGUUUCAACUAUACAGCAAUGCUCUUGCAGAAUUGUAGUCGGCAUGCACAUAUCGAAGGAUUUCUGUCCUUCACUUUUUUAAAGGCUUAGACUGAUUGUAACUAAAAAAAUGUGAAUUCAUUGUUAGAUGAUAACAGAAUUUUUUAAAGCUUAUUCUAAAAGCUCAGACAUACCUACCAGUCACAGAUGACCAACAUGAAUUUUAUUUGAUUAUUUGGGAGAACAAUAUUGCAUAGCUUCGAGGGGGUGUCUCUGGAACAUAACUGAUGAUCGUCAUUUUGUCCUAAUGUGCUUAUAGGGAUUCGAGCUUAUGAACAGCUGGGGUACAGAGCCUUUGGCACUCCAGGAAAAAUGGCUGCUGGUAUCGCAAUCACCCUGCAGAACAUCGGAGGUGAGGAGCCACCGUGACUCAGUGAUUAAUAUGCUUUCAAAUAUGUCCACUAUCAAACUCCCUGCAGCAGAAAACAUGAAUUAUCCUCUGAUUACAUGGCUAAGAGUUACUGUAGGCCUUACCAAGCCAAACACACAUCCAUAUUCCAGUAUCACAGCAGCUGCUCUUGGCUUUAGCUCGGAGUAUGAGGAUAUACUCAGAGAUCAGGAAAGCUGUUGGUAAACAUCUCUACUCCCUGGUGGUCUCAGCAUUGAUAAAAAAUGCCUCCCACUCACUGGAUUACAUGUACUUCUGUUUCUGGCCAAGACCUUGUAGAUACAUAUGAGACUACAGUGAAUUUGACUCAGUAUAUGAAGGUGUUUUUAAAGGACCUAUCAUCAUUAAAUUGGAUCCUUUUAGGCAAAUUACUUUUUUCUCGUAAAGUCUAAAAUGUUACUGCAUCCCUAAUGCAAAUGAAAAAAAAAAAAAAAGCUUAUUUUAAAUUCUAGACAUAUACUGUAUUUUCACAGUAAAAAAAUGACACAUGUAUUUGUACUUUUUUAAAUUUUAACUUAACUUUAUUUAUUAAUAUUUUACAUGUAUAGAACAUGCUGAUAAACAAUGAAAGUCAUGACAUACACCCACCCUCACCCUUAGGAGGCAAAUGAGAAGAUAAACAACAAAAGCUAUAUAAGAGUACAGCUCACUAAUAUGUUUUUACUAUAAGGUGAUUGAGGAAAUGUGUAUAUUAAGAGCCAGAAAAUGAGGUGAACAGAUAAAGGAGGAUAACUAUAAAUAAUAAUGAACUGUAUAAUACUAAGAUCAAAAAGAAGAAAAAAAAACAAGAAUGAAAUAGACAAAUAAUAAAAAUUAAAUAAAAAUAAACUGAUGCUAAGAUUUCUGUACCUGAAAUCUUUGAACCUGGAGAAAAUCAGGUACUCCAUGUGUGGAUCUACAACAAGACUUGGUCCUCAUUUGUUACGCAUGUCAGAUCUUUAACACUGAAUUGAGAUGUUGGUAUUUUUUUGUUGCUUGAUCCUCAUACAUACAAGAUGUCAAUUUGGGGAUUUGGUGAGAAAUCCUGUCACUCAUUACCUGGUAAUAAUGUAUUUGUACUUUUAAAAUGAAGUUGAGUAGAAGUCAUAUCAUCAGAGCGAGAUUUCAGAUCAGUACAUGACCCCAGCUGCUGCAGCUCUAUCGCAAAUAUGACACGAUAAGGUUUCUCUUGACAUGGUUUACUGGUGACUGUUUGUUCAGUGAGUGCAUGUACUCUCACUGAAGCUCUGUUCGCCACGUAUUCAAACAUAACUCACUCUCUCUUUCUCUCUUUCUCUCUCUUUUUUCUGUCCCAGCCAUGUCCAGCUACUUGUACAUUGUCAAAUCAGAGUUACCGCUGGUCAUCCAAGCUUUCCUGAAGGUUGAGCCCAGCUCUGAGUGAGUACUUUCAUUCAAGCACUUUUUUUUUUUUUUUACCAUCACAUGACUUCUGGCUGCUGUUAGCCAAGAGUUCAGACGUUGUGUGCAGGGGUCAAGGGGGUCUGGCAGGGUAUAAGGGCAGGAAAUGUUUCCAGUUUGCACCACUCAUUGAUUCAGUCCGUGUGGAGGGAGUGUGAUGAGAAAGCCAGCCUGUAAUUGGUGGAGAAACAAGGAGGGGGUAACUAUCUGUCAGUUAUGUGUACAUACAUCAUAGACCCUGGGCGCUGUCAGGGUGUAGAGGAGAGCGGUGUUGGCGUCAGAGUCACGCCACGGACACGGACACUCUGCAAAAGGACAUGCGCAACUGAAGUGGAUUCCAGCUGCCUGUUCAGAGCUAAAAACAAACUUGUACUCGAAAAGGACUGCAGCGACAGCAGACACACCUCUUUAACAUUACAGACAUGGAGGAUCACUUUCUUUUUUAGAAAUGUGAGGUAGCAUUGUGUUAAAACAACCUUUACACAACAAUAAGUGAUAGUCUGUUUCUGCUUCGUUAUUUUCCUUUGACCUUUAAACACCUGAAGGUUGGUCCAAACCCUCUGGAGGUCAUUGUCCCUAAUCGCUCAUCAAUGCUUAAAAUGGGUAGAUCAUAACUCAGCUGUGUGUAAAUAAAGCAAGGAUCAGAGGAAUAGCUACGAUCUAAGUUCACGUAUGCAGCGCUCUCACUCUCGCUCCCUUUAUGUCACACGCACACACACUCAACCCACACAAAUGACAGCAGCAGGUGGCGUAACUUGGGUGCCAAAUUCCGAGGCCGAGCAUAAGGACAGGUCAGCUCAGGGCCAGCACUCAGCAAAUGACACACACACAACGUUCAUUUCCACAUGAGGAGCCACAUGCUGUACAGAUCUGUGGCGUCAGGAGAGCAGAGUGGGGUGGUUGGCGAGUGGUGGGACCUGGGGGGUGUUUUAGUAACGAGUGAGGGCGACCACUCAAUGAGAAGGUCAGAUAGCGGGGGAAUAUUUGGACUUCAGACAAGACUUGGACUUAACCAUUACGACACAGGGCUAAUAAAAGACUUGGAACAGGCUGAUAUCAGUUUUUAAAAAGUACCGAUGUUUGAGAUCAAACAUUCAGAAUGGAAAAAAGAUUGAUACUUAUUAUUUAAUAUGUGAUAGGAUCUCCAAAAUGUGGGAAUUAGAUUAAGUGCUGAUGGCAAAUCACUUAAAAUGAAUGUAAAAUGGAGCAAUGUAUUUGGUCAUAGGGGAGACCAGGGUUGGUUGUAACAAAGAGUUGAAACACCAUUUCCACCAGUUAGGGAUAACAGAGUCGAGUCCAUUUUUCGACCAAGUCAUUUUUUUCUGUACUUAAACUAUUGUAGUUACAAUCAGACGACUUAUAUUGGAUUAAAGUGUUUUUCCUUAAGCAAGAUAUUAUAAUUUUUUUCUGCCUGUUUUAAAACUACUAUACCAGUGCAGCGAUCUCAACCCUGGCUGACACGGGUGGGGUUGUGACACAUCUGGAAAAACAGUUUAAAUCAUCUCCUUAUAACCACUUCUUUCCACAUUGUGAAUUGUUUCUUCUUCUAAACAGGCACUGAACAUUUGUUCGUUUUUAGUUAAUAAAUCCAUAGUGAUGUGUUUUGGGGGAUUCAAGUUUGCAUUGUCACACUUAUUCUAAACGUGUAAUGUUAUCUAGACUGGUCUUCAAUGGACUAAAUCAACGAAUUAGGGAUGGACGAUAAAUUACCGUUCAUGAUAUAUCGCCAGAAAAUCCUCCCUGAUAUAUAUUUGCCAUCUUAUGACUAUUUCAACUGGUGUUCUCAAGACAAAAUGAGUCAAAAAUAUAGAUUGGAAUUAUAAUAUUUUUUAUCGGGACUUUUAUCGUUAUUGCCAGAAUGGCAAAUCUUAUUGUGAUAAUUUUUUAGCCCAUAUUGCCUAUCCCUAUAACGAAUAAAAAUAAUUUUUAUCAUCAAUUGAUCUAGCUACUAUUUUCUAAAUUAAUGGAUUUUUUCCUACCUUUGUUCAUCUAAGCCCAAAAAACUUUUAUCAAUCAUCUUCAAGAACAGCAGAACAUGGAAAUUUUAAAUGAGUAGAAAAUAAUCUGAAUAUCUUUUUAAAUUUUUUUUAUUAAGUAUUCAAAUUGAUGCUGUUGCUCCAUUGGAAUCUUGACAUUUACUCAUCUUGGUUUAGCGGAUAUUUGACUUGGACUUGCCCUGAAGCUCCAGGAUUCACAGCAGCCACAUGAGGAAACUGAUCAUCUACAAAUAACCUACUGACCUAAAGUCCAAAGAGGACAUGACCUUUGUUUCGUGUGACUUCCCAUGCUUUCAAGGGACUCCUUCCCACACACAUACACGACUGCGCGCUCACACAUGCAGCCGGUCUCAUGGAUCUCUAUGUGCCUCUGCCUGUGGCAGUGGGACAGACAGCUGAUCCCCCCAGCUUGUGUCCCGCUCAGAGGGUUAAGAGUAACAGACUUAUCAGCUUAAAAAGGGGUUAUACGACACAAAGAACUGUCUAUACGUGGAUUAUAUGGCGUAUACUCCACAGGAUUUGAGAGAAAGUGGGCUAAUUGUUUGGAGGUCAUUUAUCUAAACUCCCUGUUGCUGGUGCUACUGAUGUUUGAGAUUUCCCCAGAUGACAUUUGUCUUUCCCAAAUGAGAGACAAAAGGAAAGUGUUUAUUCCACUUUCCAUUAGCUCCAUUAGCUAAACUAAUGGCUUCUUACUUGAAAGAUUUGAACGAGUCUUUCAAUCUUAAAAAAAAAAGAUAUUAACCUAAAACCUUUUUUCCCCUUUUAACUAAUUUGUCAGCUUGUAAAGUGUUGAGUUUUUUAUUUAGACCAGAAACACAGAUACGACCUCCAAAUAUCUCUCAUCAUGUCCAAACAUGCCCCAAAUAUAAAAGCCCAGCUGCCUCUUUUUAUGUUGUAUGAGGGAGUCAUGAUUUAAGUAGGACAUUUACAACAGGUUUGUUUGAUGGCAGGACAUCUGUGGAGGCCACAUUUAGCCGAAGAUGAUCCAGCAACACGGUCCCCCUUUGAAAUGAGGUGGGCUAAGAUUGGAUGUGUCAUUCCAUUCUUGCACGUUUUUUUAGCUUUGGCUCAAAAGCGUUUAAGCAGAGAUUUUAAAAAAGAAACUAUUCAAGUGCGUUUAGAAACGGGGUGAGUAAUGGAGAGGAACGGAGGUGGCUACCUUUAUUGACUCAUGCAGUUCUUGGUUGUUCAGUUUAACAAAGUGUUUCAGUAGAGGGCAACAUAAGCAGACAUGUUUUUUUUCAUCUAUAUCUUUACUCUAUUUUCAAACUCGAGCUUUCAGUCUGCUCAGUUUCUAGGAAAAUCUGUCCACUUCGAAUAUCAACAAAUUUCUCUCUGUCUAGCUCUUUCUCUUCCCGCUCUAUUUUUGUCUCCUUGUCUCUUCACUGUACGCUGUGUCUGUGUGCCAGUGUUUGAAAUAUUGAGCUCCCCAAAGUAAACUGGAUUUUUCUCUCCAAACAGUCUGUGGUACUUGAAUGGAAACUACCUGGUCAUCAUGGUCUCUCUCAGUAUCAUCCUGCCCCUGGCUUUGAUGAAACAGCUUGGUGAGUACAGCUAAUAUAUGCGUGUGGUUUUCUUCGGCCAAACUAACUGAAACAUCCAAUAAGAUUGUCUACAGAGCCAAUAAUUACUCAAGCCUAUAAAUGUUGGUGUAAAUCAUCUGUAAAUACAACAUGAUCAGAGGUUUUACAGGUGUUCAAAUUGCACCACUAAAUAGAUUUCGAGCUUUCUUUCGCCACAAAAACUCAACAACCUUUUCGAAAACCGAGAAGCUUUUUUACUGCAUUUCACCACUGGGUCUGCGCUUCAUGAAGGUCUCUUUAUUUUUGCAGAAAAUGAUGAAAAUAAGGUCCAAAACAAUCACCUUAACUUUCUUUUCAACUCCAUGCUAUCUUGUCUCUUUCGACACACCAUAUGUAGCUGCAACAGCAUCUUCCUGUUCCCGCUAUGAUGGAAAAUAAAGGCAACACCGCACUUGUAAACGACAUUUAUCACUUUAAAAAGUCCCAACAGUUCAGUGGACAAGUGAAAAGUAACUAACUGAUUUAUAAUGACUGACUGAACAAAAGCCAACAGAGCUUUUAGUUUUCAGUGUGAGAAUCACCACAGAUUUGUGGAUGAAACCAAAUCAAAGAAGUUCACUUCAGUGUUUGCUUGAUGGGUGACAACUGACUGUAGGCCAGUCCUCACUGUGGAAGACUCUGAUGUUGGAAGUUCUGAAAUGACACAGAUGUCUUUUUCUAUUCUUUGUGUUGCUGCAUGAAAUUCACCGAUACGAAAAAAAGAGAGAAGAAGAAGAGAGUGGAUAUUGUGUGCAAAAGAAUCAGUAUGUAUGGAUGUUUCUAAAAUCUUAACAAAUGGAGGAUCAUAUUUAUGAGGGGCGGGAGAAAAAAAUCGAUUCACAUAAGUAUCACAAUUUUUUUGUUUUACGAUUUUUAAAUUGAUUUUGAUGUUCAAAAAUCAUUUUUUUUCUUCAAAUUUAAGAAUAAAUCUUAAAAACUGACUUACAUGUGGUACAUUUUGGGGAAAUACGGUUUCUGGAAUAGUCAGUCGACAAUCAUAAUCGUACAGCUGUUUCACUGGUGUUAAAAAUGUAGACUAAAGAUCGAGAAAACCGUCAAUAUCCUCGAAUCGCAACUUAAAUCGAAUCGGCAUCCAAAAAAUCAAAUCAGGAGAAAAGCAUAUUGUCCCAGCUCUAAUAUUUAUGAUGUAAACAGAAGCUUUUUGUCCUCUAAGGCCACUGUCACCUCAUCAAUGGGAAGGGUGAGCAAGGGAGCUUUUUAAUAUAGAAUCUGACAACUAGAUGCUGCUAAAUAUUUCCAUUUCUACAAACUGUUGAUAAAUAGAAAAUACUGGAAUCUGAUCAGAAAGGGUUCAUUGUGAUGAACUCCUGAAAUUCUGUAAAAAGUGUGGUUUUACAAACGCUUCUUGUCUCAUAUUUUGGACGUUUGAUGGUAUUUUUUUACUCUGACUUUGUACUCAGACCUCUCUCAGCUCUUAUGUCUUUCAGUUAUAAUGAAUUAUACAGAAGUAAUUAGGUCUUUUCAACUGUUUUCACUACAUUAAUGUCUCAUAUAGUUACCUAACACAUAUCUUAUGUAAGCCAAAUUCUUUUUACCAAACGUUUUAAUCUUCUCAUUAAGAUGAUCUUUCCUUUUGACUUGAAUCCAAGCUAAAUAAUGAUUUUUUCAUGAAGCAGUUACCUCAGAGUGAAGCAAUUAGUGUGAUUUUUGCCCUUCUCCCGGCAGCGAUAACAGCAGGGGGCCAAUCAGACAUGAGUUUUCCUGACACAGUCACAGCAUUGAAACAUUUAUCACUACACAGGAGAAAUCUGACCUUCCUGGUUUCAGGGUUUUUUUCUCAGGACACCUCCCAACUGUGAAUUCUUUGGACUUUUGUAUAACUGAUGGAGCUCUUCCAAAUGUAUCAAGUCAAAAUAACACUAACUCUCUUUUUCUCAUUAUUUCUAGGUUACCUUGGCUAUACCAGCGGAUUUUCUCUCAGCUGCAUGGUGUUUUUUCUCAGUGCGGUAAGUUAGUCCAGCUCAUACUUGUGUUUGCACGUCAUUUUAGCACCCACUUUCCCACCUUGGUCCUUUUCCCACCCUAAUCUCUAUAUUUGCAGCGGUAUGUGUCCAUGUUUGAUAAGACUAAUAUAAGCAUACAUCAAAGGUCGAGGGGACUUACAGGUUGAGUCACUCUAAUCUGGUGUGGAAUGUCUUGAGCCUUGCAGUGAUCGUUGAGAUCCUUUGUUUACUGACUACAGCACAUCAUCCCCCUCAUCACUAUAUCUCUGCUUCUUUGAAUUUAUGUCAUGUUUUUCAUUCUGCAGGUUAUCUACAAAAAGUUCCAGAUACCCUGCCCAUUUGAGGAGUACUCCUCGAACAGCACUGCUGCCCUCCACAGUCUGAAUGUCACAAGCCACGGCCACGAGUAUAACAACGGCCUGGUCCACGAGGAGGACGACUGCUCCCCACGCAUGAUCACCAUUAACUCACAGGUAGGCAGCUGAAAUGGAGACACCUGCUGCUUAUCUGGGUUUUCUUAACACAUCCUGAAAUCAUGUCCAUGUCUUCUGUACAGACAGCAUAUACCAUCCCCAUCCUGGCCUUUGCCUUUGUGUGCCACCCUGAGGUGCUGCCUAUCUACACUGAGCUCCGCAAGUGAGUCCCUCCUCUGAAACCUGCAUCAAAUGUUUGCGUUUCACUGCAUAUGUUUCCAUUCAUAUUUUUACGUAUGCUCUGAUUUUAGUCCAACAAAGAAGAAGAUGCAGAAAGUGUCAAACCUCUCCAUCUUUGUCAUGUACACCAUGUACUUCCUGGCUGCCCUGUUUGGUUACCUGACCUUCAAAGGUGAGCACAGGUGUCCCUACUGUUAGUAUAGUAGCAUUGUGGUAUUGUCUGCCAGCUUUUAAAUGGGCUCUGGCUGUAUGUAGGAUAGGGGUGUCCUGAUACGAUAUUGAUAUCUGUCCGAUAUCAGCAAAAAAACAAAUACCGUACCGAUAUCGGUAUGCAUCUAAAAUCUCUGAUAUCUGCACUCCGAUACAAUCAGCCCAUUCCAGACUCUGCAAGCUGAGCACACAAAAUCACAACAACAGUGUGUACUAAGAUACUAACACAGUAGCAAGGAGUAAGAGUGAUGUCGGUCUUGUAGCAGUAUUUUUGUUUGAGUCCAAAAAAUACAUUACAGCUGAGUGAAAAACUUGUCAUGCACAAUUUUGUGCCAAUAUCGGAUCAAUAUCGGUAUCAGUCAAAGUUGAAGGCUACAAUAUCGGUAUCUGAAGUACUUUAGGACGCCCCUAAUGUAGAAACCAAUUGGAAUUAUCAACUUGGUAAAACUUUGUAAGACUUAGGGGUGUUUAAAGAAGAGCCCAAAGAUAGCAGUGGUCAUACUGAAGAGGUCUACUGUAUAAAAACAUCUAUGUUAUGUUGCAUUGAGGUAGUCUGUGUAGUGAUAUACUGUAUUUAUCUUACUGACAAAAAAUGAGAGGAAACGAUUAGUUCAAGGGAAAAUCAAAAAAAGGCUUUUGCCAGUUACUCCUCUCAUAAUGUUUAAGUUUCGGCUAUUAGGCAGUCAAGACUAAUUGUUACGAAGUCACAAAUUUUCAAGAAAUCAGUUCUGAAACAAAGGUCCCAAAGCACCACAUUUAAUUAUCAUCCUUGAGUCUAUAAAUGAAAGACGAAACAACAUGCUAAUAAAGUUUUAUUUACCAUUCACAUGCACUUUUUAUAGCUGGAGAGUUUUUAGAGAUUGACAAUGUGAUGAGUGUGAAGUUGCACUUAGUUGGUCAUCUCGUGUCUGCUAUCAGUAAACUGAACAACAUGCCUGCCUUAGUGAAGCUUCUGAAUAUGUUGGAGGAAUAAUUAAAAGACAGAAAAUAGUGAUUUUAUUUUAUUUUUUUACAAAUGUUAACAUCUUUGCUGUCACUUUUCCUCUGUUCCAAUAUUUUGACCGUUUAACAGUUAAAUGCUACUUUCAUUGUCAGUAUUUUCUUUGUGUAGUAGUUGGUUAUUUAUUACAUAAAGAGUCACAGCUCCCUCCAGUGGUGACAAGAUGCAGUUAAGCAUUUUAAGGCUGUAUCACUGACACUUACAGGAUGUCUUUUCUUCAUAUUAUUUCCACAGGCAACGUGGAGCCUGAACUUCUGCACACUUACAGCAGGAUCGACCCUUAUGAUACUCUGAUCCUGUGUGUGCGAGUGGCUGUCCUCACAGCUGUAACACUGACUGUCCCCAUUGUGUUGUUCCCUGUAAGUCUAAGUCUUUGUUUUUAAUCACCAAGUGUGAUUUAGUGGUAUCACGCCUCUUUACUGAAGCUCCCGUCUGUGCAUGUGUGUUUAUAGGUACGUAGAGCCAUCCAGCAGAUGUUAUUCCCAACCAAGUCUUUCAACUGGCUGCGUCACACCGCUAUUGCUCUUAUUCUGCUCACCUUCAUCAACAUGCUGGUGAUAUUUGCCCCCAACAUCCUGGGCAUCUUUGGCAUCAUCGGUGAGUACACUUUCUUUUAGUUCAGUUGCAGCCGAUUGUUUAGACUGAUGUUUGAAAAUGAGGACAACCCAAAUUUAAUCAACACCAGCGCACUCUUAUAUAAUCAACAUGAGAUGAUGGGUUACUUAUUCAGCCUCUGUUUACAGACUAAAUCCUCUUGUUCCCCCAGCAGGGCCCGCUUAUCUUUCAGCACUCUUAAUUCCGAGCAGCCAAAAACAUAAAAAGCAAAACGCCCCAAAAAACGUGACCGGUUCAUGUUUGUCGAUGACCUGAGUCAAUAUUAUUGCCGUGCUCUGUCCUCAGGUUUGCAGUCAGGUUCAGGUUAGAGAUGAAAGCCAAAGACAAUGGAAGUUCAAGCAACACCGAGGGCAUCUUCAAAGCGACAGACUUGACUUUGACAAACACGUGCAAACACGUGGAGGUCUCUGUGACGGAAAUGUAAAGAAACUUCAAACAAAAUGAAAUGACGCAAGAUGUGGAGCUGUUCACAACCGGGCUUUGUUUAUUUUAGGGCUGACAGUGAGAGGAUUUUAGUUGAUCAGAAGGGAAGAGUCCAUCUGAGAACUCUUUAUCCAAAAUGAUGAACUCAGACGUAAUGUGCAAAUGAAGCAUAAAGCUGUAUGUAAAGCUUUGUGCUUUCUCUUAUGGCUGUGCUCAUUUUCAAUAACUACUGUGCUUAUAAAAAGGUUUUUCUAAAUAGGAGCGUCAAACACUUUUUCUGAAAGGUCCACUUCAUAAAAAAACGUAUUCCUCAAGAAAGCAUUUAGCAGGUUUUAUUUAUUUAUUAUUAUUAUUUUUUAAUCACAUUAUCUUAUUAAAGCUCCUGUGAAGAGCUUUCUGUCUGUGUUGACUUUGGCGCUCCCUAUGGGCAAAGUGAAAAGAUGUGUUGAAGUGGUUUGAAAGUGGUGUUAUUUGACUAAAUAAUCUCGUCCUUUCCUCUUUUAACAGUGAAACCUAUCACUUAUCAUUAAUGUUGGGUGGUAUGACGGUAUAUACAGUGUGACGGUACAAAAGUGUCAACUGGUAGAAAUAUAGUGAUAUAUUUCAACUUAAAAAGACAACAGAAGGAGAUUUCUUUGUCAUUUAACAGCAUUUUCACAAUAAGAGACAAACCCAGCAACAGCAUAAGACUUUUCAUUUUGUCCACAGGGGGCGCCAAAGUCAACACAGACAGAAAGUUCUUCAAUGGGGCUUUUUUAAAUCAUGUAUUCCUUGUAAAUGUAUUUCGGGUGAUAUUUUCUUUUGUCAGUUUUUUAAACAAGCUCCAUAAUAAAGGGGACCAUUCAACCAUCAGAUUUGAUGGAGACGAAUAAAUAUCAAAAUGUUCAGAUGUUUUCAUGCUUAUGCUGUUUUUAACCCGCCCUUCUCUCUUUCCUUUUUCAGGUGCCACAUCGGCUCCUUGCCUCAUCUUCAUCUUCCCUGCCGUCUUUUAUAUCCGCAUCGUUCCUAAAGAGGAUGAACCCAUGAACUCUGUCCCUAAGAUACUGGUGAGACCAUGAAAUCCCUUUCUCUCUCAAGUCUUACUAUAUUAUCACAGUAAUUCCAUAGUCUCAUUUACACGUACUUGGUAAUAACAUUUCACCCCCUUGCUCAGGCUGCGUGUUUUGCCGCUCUGGGCGUCUCCUUCAUGGUGAUGAGUCUGAGCUUCAUCUUCAUCGACUGGACUACCGGGGGCGGGCGUGCUGCAGGAGGCCACUAAACGCCGCCACAUUGUGCGUGUGUAUGUGUGUGUGAGCUUGAGAAAGGCGGGGGAGAGGAAGACGAACUGCUCAAUGUAAAGGGAGCAUUAUCACCUCAAUGGGAACACACUACAGGGCUGCUCAGCAAACAGCCUGGGAUUUAUAUCAGUACACAAUACACGGAGCAGUAUAUUGAAAUUACACUCUACUGAUCAAAUUAAUUAACUUUUUGACUGGAAUGUAACACAUAUCUGAACAAACUGAAUUAACACAGUGCAAUGCAUUUCUUAUGAAUAAUCAGGACUGAACAGGGUCUUUUUUUUAAUUCCCUUGUCUUAGGGAGCAACUACAUGAUUGUGAAACAGCCCUUCUCUGUUGCUUCCUCUUUAUUUACACACAAACAAAUGCAGCUGGUACUGUACAGGAGAAAAAAGGCACGAGUGUCUUCGGGCAAAGGGCAAGAGGACAUCAGGACAUAAAGAGAGAGAGAGUCAAAGUUAUUAUAAGUUAUUUUUGAACAAAACUCUAUUAUUUUUCAAAAGGACGCACAAAAAAGACGGUCAGGUGUUUUUAUUUCUGACCUGUAGCCUCUGAACUGUUCUGGAGGUGUCAGAUAAAGACAAAAGUGUUUUACCGCCUUAGGGAGCAGAGGACAUUUCACUUUGUGAUCUGUCUAGCGCCACAGUUGUUAUAAAGUCGUCGAAGCUUUUGUUCCAGAUCUGCUAACUUUCUUCUGAAAAACCUGGUGCCUUUUAGCAUUUGGAACAGCACAUAAACAUACAGUUAUAGCAGAAAAACAGGAGUGUAUAUUUAUUUAGCUACUAUAUCUGUAUUUUAAAUCAGAUGGACUAUAUUUAACUACUGUAUAUGAUGAAGUUAAUGAUCCAAGGACAUUAUGUAUUAUAUCACUUCUUAUUUUAACUUUCAGUAAAUACAAGAAGAAAGGUAUAAUGACUGAUAAUAUUUGAAGUGCUUCGGUUAAUUUUAGCACAAAUAUGCCAAACUGUGACCAUAAAUAUUAACCAAGUAGAGUUUAAGGUAACCAUACCAGUUUCCUUUUAUUUUAAUGUCAUAUAUAUUAUGAAAACAAAUCCUACUUCAAAGUAUCAUAUUGCAAAAUCUAACAAACACUUUUUCACACUUUGAUCAAAUUUAGUGAUCUGUAUCUAGAUUUUUUUUUUUUUACACCACGUUUGCUCUUAAAACUUUAAAGGAAAUAAGAUUAUUACCACACUCAUUCACCUGCAAUUUACAACUACAGCUAGGCGGCAUUUAGCGAUGAAAUAAACAACCUACCAGCACAUCUAAUGCACAUUUAUUAAUACCUCUUUGUUUGUUUAAGAGUCCGACGGUACUGAAUAUCUUGAAAUGUAAGGAUAAUUAAAAUCUCAAUAACAGAUGUAGUAAAAACCAACAGCUAUCUUGUUUAGACACCUCAAACAAUAUGUUAGAAAAGUUGUUUAUUUUUGUUGUUUUGUGUGAACCCAUACCCUCCGUGGGUUUGCCUGGCAAUGUGCGUGUGUAAACAGAAACCCACUGGUGGGUGUGGCAGUUAAUCAAGUUAAUUGGAUGACUUUGAAGACGUGUAACGCUUUUUAAAAUUGUGCUGUAAUGUCUCUGCUGUACUGGUUUGUAGUUUUUAUGAUCUUCAGUCACCCUUAUUGACUAAUUAGACUGGAAGUUUUGUGUUUGCAUGCCAUGAUGUCACGUCUGUCAGUCGUUUGUAUAGUAGUGACCUGCACGGUAACACAGACUUUCAUGCUUACACUGUCGUAUAUAGAUGUUAUUGUAAUAUGGUACUUUUGGCAUCUUAUAGUGAAGUGUAUUGAAGUUCAGGCCUGUGCUAUAGUUAUUAUAGUGUUAUGUUAGUGUUAUAAAACCUUUUGUCAACGAUGCAACACGAUGCAAACAUACGUUACGUUUUGGUUUGUCAGUGAAGACCCAUCAUGUUAAGCUUCCUUAUGGUAUGGUGUGGUUAAAUACACUUAGUAAUUUUUCAGGUGAGGCUUGUGACCCACAAUAGCACUGAUAACCUACAAGUUAUUCUAUUUUUUUAAAUUACAGGAUCGAUUUAUUUUAUGGAAGUAUAGAUCAUGAAUAAACACAUAUUAUAUCAACUGCAGAAGCUUUCAAGCCUGGAAAAAUAAACCCAAAUGCUGCUCUUAUCCAAAGAUGAUUUAAAGAAGUAAUGUGUAUAUUACUUUUAUCCAUUUAUUUAUGUAUUACUCUAUGUUUAUUUAGCAGUUCUGAUUCCUGAUUUCUAGGAUUAAUUUACAAGGAGGAAAUAUGCAUUUACGCCUAUCCUUUUCUAGUGAUCAUUGGGGUUAAAUGACAGUUUAGUUUUGGCGUAAUUAGUGUAUACAGUUUCUCUUCACUUUAAGGGAUCAUGCCAAAAUAACAACUGACUACCUAUGAAAUGCCUAAUGUUUCGAAAUGGUUAUAAAUUAUGGCAUAAUAUCUCUAACAUGAACAUUUGUAUUCAGUAUGGUAUCUUGUUAAAGCUGUUCUGACAUAAAUCUAUGGACAUGACUCGAUUAUAGAAAUUUAAUACAUGCAUGAAUUUGGUGAAUAAGAUGUGGCUUUCUAUAAAUAAUGUAUAUAUAAAUGUAAACCUUUUAUAUUUGUGAUGCAUAUUUACAGUAGCUUGUAAAGUGUAAAUAGCAGGGACAGUUUUAGUUUGGCAAUAAAAUAAUUGUAGAUGUUUUUA